AUGGCUACGAUCGAUCCUCCCCUCGACUGUCCACUCCCUUUAGAGCUUAUAUCACAGAUCCUGCUGUCAACUUGGCUAGCUGAACCCAGUCACCGACUUCGCGUCAACUUCAUGCUCGUGUCUCCGCGGUUCCUCGAAGCUGCAGAAUCAACUGCUGCGCUAUGGUCUGAAAUUUGGGAACAGGCAUCUCCUCAAAGUCUGCCGACCUACAUGCAGCGCUCGAGGUGCCGCCCCAUCCAUCUACACCUUCGUCUUGAGUCCACCGACGAUCUCCAUUCCGCGAACACGAAGAUGUCCCACGUCGACGGUAGACUGGGUAAACUUAUGAUUCGUGGAAACGUGCAUAACAUCAACGCAUUCUUGGGAACACACUCCAUGUCUUCCGUGGAACAUAUCGAGAUUCGACAGACGCAGGCGAAUACUCACCUCCUUGAGCAACUGCCCAAGAAGGGAUUCGAGGAUUGCCGGAACUUGAGAUCAUUAACAUUAGGCGAUGGUCUUUGCCUACCUCGUCGGCCGAUGCUUCCGAAGGCGCUGACCACAUUGAACAUUCGUGCGGUCCCUAAGCUAAAUGCUCUGCUCUAUGCCCUAUCCGCGACUUGCCAACUCGAACACCUUUCGAUCGGUCACACCAAGAUCUCCAAUAUCGAGCCUUCUAAGAUUGUCAAUCUUCCUCAUCUACAAAGGCUUGAUGCCUCGUUGGUCGCCGGUGGAAAUGUUGCGACAGUGUUCGGGUCGCUUUCGUUCCCGGCCUCAACCCAAGUUUCUCUGGGUCUUUUCAUCACAUCUACAGGCAUAGAAUCUCUUCACAUGGACGUCCAAGCAGCUACCGCUCGGCUGCACGAUCUUGGAACGCCGUUAGUUGCGGUGGAGAGUUUUGCUCAUGGAAGACAUUACGAACGUGGAACCUUAGCCGUCAGAUGCUUUCAACACUCUCUUCUCACCACCCAUGCGCACGACCGCGAUCCCAUAUUCAGUAUCGACAUGUGGUGGGAUAAUCCAUGGCCAAUCCGUGAUCGCGAGUUCCUGUACACCCUCAUUGGCGACGCACUUCCCACCACGCACCUUCGCGAGAUCGCGCUCCGCUUAUCGGCGUCUGGUCCACCACUCGUCAAUGCCGACGAAAGAGUCGCGCGCCCGCAUCUGGGAUUGCUCGACGUUGUGAGAGCACUCGACGUUGCUGGGAGACCGGUAGCGCUACUACUUUCCGGGCAUACGAAUACUCUCGUUGCCGCCGCGAGCUCUUUAGCUGGGCUGAAUCACAUAGUGGUCUCAGCAGAGGAGUGGCAUGUUGCUGAUCGUGGUCGUCUAGAACGCCUGUUUGAGGCUCGCCGCAGAAAAGGCUUCUCUGACGUCACGAUCGAUCUUUUAGAUGGGGAACUUGAAGCGUCGUUCACUGGCGAGGUUAUGGAAUGCCUUACUAGUGCAUCGUAUAUACACAAUAGGGAUAGUGAUGAAGAGCACACAAUGUGA